ACACCCUCCCGGCAGCCGUCACUGCUGGCCUCACCACGCCGCGACGACCUAUUGCCCAGCGUGUCUCUCCCCGACCCGACGCUCGAUCCCAGCCAGGAUGGCACGCCGACGCCCACGCCUCCAGCCGUGACCGAGCCCGAGUUCUCAUCUUCCUUCCAGUCAACGUCCGUCGAGACGCUGACGUCCACUCCUUCUGGCAUAACGCCACCGUUUCCCAUAUUGUCCUCGGGGAACUUCAACUCCUCGUCUACGCGCCUACCGCCCACAAUCUUUACAAACAGCACACUACCAGCUCUCUUUUCAAACUCCACCAGGACCUCGACGUCCUUCUUUCGUUCAACAACUUCAUCUUCUUCUUUUACCAAGAGCAGCACCAGCUCGCGCACUCGACUGACUUCGACCACGACCUCGUCUGCCCCAACAGUAGUGAUCAACGGGUUCGGCGAUGAUGCCGGCGGCGUAAGAGGCAUCCCGGCACCGCAACCUACGGCCGACGACACUGGGUCUGAUCCUGGCCCUGGACUGACCCCUGAGGCCAGAAACGCCGUGGUCGGUGGAGUGGUGGGCAGUGUUGCUGGUAUCGCCAUUGUGGCUUUGGUCUUGAUGUUUUUCCUCAAGUGGAGGAAACAGCAGGGGCGAGGAAUCAUGCUGCUUGGGGAUGGAGACAGCACAAUUCGCGGCAGAGGUCUCGGAUCCGGUCCAUCAUCUGGGCCCAGCGGAGGCGCAGGAAGAAUGUCGCAGAUCAGGUUCCCAUUCGCCGUUCCAUCCGCACUUGCCAAGCUAAACGGAAACCGAGCCAUCGAGGCGCCACCGACCGAACCACAAGAGAAGGGAUUCUAUCGCGUUUCUGGGAGGAAGUUGGUAUCCGUCUUGGAGUCGGGGGGGGAUGGAUGGUCCGAUCCGGAUCCACGCAACAGUGUCGGCACGUCUUACUACAGGGACUCACAGGCCUUCCUCGAAAGUUCGAACCUCCCUCCUUUGCAACUAGGCUCACCGAUGCGACCCGAAAGCGGUGUUAUCGUUUACCACGACGGCCCAGCACGAACGCCAAUUGAGGAGCACUCGCCUAUGCCGGGCGGUCAACGUCGUUCCGCAUUUCCCAAUCUGCUCCAGGUCCAGGAUCCCGUCGGUCGAAGUAUCAACGUACAACACGCCGGAUCUCGCGUCUCACAAUCUCGAUUCACCGAAGAUUCAUAG